AUGUUCUUGAAAGAUGUGCGCUCAGUUCUCAACAAUUCAUUUGUAUAUUUGGUGUUCACUUGUUUUGUUAGCCCAUGCGGACCAUUUGAAUUCUACAGAUCAGCUAUUGCUGUAGUGCCAGUGCGAAGUCCACAUAUUCGCGCAAAAAGACAAUGGGGUGGCUUCGGCGGAUGCUGCGUAACCACUAUGGUGUGUUGUAACAUGCCAAUGCCUAUGCCCAUGCCUAUACCAAUCCCUCCACCAAUGCCAGUACCAGUUCCGGCUCCGGUUCCAGUGCCACAACCAGUGCCAAUGCCGAUGCCGAUGCCUGUGCCAGUUCCGGUACCGGUUUCGACAAAUUGCUGCAGCUGUUGCAUGCCGGUUUGCAUGUCAGUUUGCAUUAGAAGCGGAUGCGGUGGUGGAGGCGGAUACGUCUCCGGCGGCUGUUACGGCUCUUCAUGUGGAGGUGGAGGAAACGUUUGCGGAGGUUUCGGGGGUUACUAUGGUAGAAAGAAGCGAGAAACAAUUCUCCGAAGAAACGCACCAGCAGUGUAUCGAAAACAGAUCCCAAUGGUGGUCAGAGAUUAA